AUGGGAAUCAGACAGGAGCUGAGGAGCCGUCAGUUUUGGCAGGGGAUUCUGGCAGAGAUCCUGGGUUCCCUGGUCUUUGUGUCUGCCGUGUUGGGCUCUUUAGUGCCGGGGCCGGACGGGGUCUCCCCAGGGCCCAUCUACCCAGCACUGGCUGCUGGUAUGGCAACUGUGGUUCUGGGAUAUUGCUUUGGUGAAAUCAGUGGGGCUCAGGUAAAUCCUGCAAUAACUGUGGCACUUUUGGCGACACGGAAGGUAGAUGUCUUGAGGGCUGUAGUUUAUCUGGUAGCCCAGUGUUUGGGGGGCAUCCUCUCAACUGGGAUACUCUACCUCACCCUGCCCCUGAAGUCCACUGCACAGAACUACAUCAACAAGGUCCCUGUGGAAAUGAAUGCAGGCCAAGCUCUUGGGAUGGAGAUGCUAGCCACGUUUGUCCUGGGUUUCACUGUAUUCUCUGUGGAAGAUCAACGCAGGAGGGAAAGCAGUGAACCCGGAAACUUGGCCAUUGGGUUUGCCGUAACCACUGCAAUAUUCAUUGCUGGAAGAUUUUCAGGUGCUAGCCUGAACCCAGCUCGCUCUCUUGGUCCUGCCAUAAUACUUGGAUACUGGGAACACCACUGGGUGUACUGGAUUGGGCCAAUUUUAGGUGCAGUUAUGGCUGGAGUAUCUCAUGAGUUUAUCUUUGCACCCAGCGCAUCCAGGCAAAAGUUGGUGGCUUGUUUGACCUGUAAGGACAUUGAGAUAGUGGAGACAGCCAGUGUGUCUCGAUCUUCCCUGUCCACUGUCACACAGAGCGCCAUGAGAAACAAACAAAGCAACAAACUGGAGCACAGCUAAACUCAAGAUAGGGCGGGCGGUAAGCAGUGUUCUGAGAGUUUUAUAGACCAUCACAGCAAGUAGUUUAAAAUUAGGCCUUACAAGCACACUGAACCAAACCUCUCCAUCUGAAUAAGAAUUCCGGUUGGAUUUACACUGACAGAGGAUUAGAAAUUUACACUGUGUACUUUUGGCACUGCAGUUCAGCACUAUCUCUGCUCUACAGAAGGACUGCCAGUGUUUGGGAGUAACUAAAAGUAGCGACACUGCUAACUAAACUACAAUUUUUCAGUAGCGUGACAGUAGCUGUUCCUGUAAAUGAAUCUGUUUAAAAAUAAUGUCAAAAUUGCUUUAUAAGUGCUUAACAUGCUUGAGCAUCCUGGGUUAAAAAUGACAUUAACCCUGGGAUAAGCGGAGUGUGAAAGCCUAUGAGAGGACAUUCUGAUGUGACAAGGAGCGUGUUAACAUGCACAUUCUAACACUGAUUGUGCUUAAUGAGCAAACAAAAACCAAUCUUCAAACGUGCGUUGCAUGUGAACACUUUUCCAUCCGUUCUUAUGGGCUUAUUCAAUGUGUGUAAGGGUUGUGAGCAUGACUGUUUUUGUUUUAAUGUCAAAAGCAGAGAAUAACCCAUUGAUUUUAAAUCAGUGAGCACUGUUCACUAAUCAGGGUUUCUAACCAGCAAAGAGAAUCAAAAUCAAAUAUUUUCAUAAUCUUUCACUAAAGGUUUCUGACAAUUUUGUUUUCAUAGUAGAAUUUUCUAUUGUUGACCAGAAGCAAUUUACACUUUGAAGUACUCUAGUUUUGAACUACCUUAAACUGUCUAUGAACAAUGAAUGACGUAUUUGUACAUAACCUUCAUGGAUAGUUAUAAAAGUGCCAAGCUUGCUGUUUUAGUUCAAUAAUAUUUAACCACUUCUUCCCACUAUUAACCAAAUAACUGCAGAAUUACAUUGUGAAUGUCACAGCUUUAACCUAUCAACAAUAGUUUAAAGUGUUUUAAAGCUUUUGAAGUGUUACAUGUGUGUUUGCCAACAGUAAGUGUCAUAUCUUCAUAUUAGUUCAAUUAUUUAUGGUGUUGCAAAAACUAUAAUUGUUUUCUUUUUUGUCUCAUAUACAUAAGUACAUUUGUUUACUUUGUGAUUCGGAGCGAAAAUUCAGUUUUAAGUGAAUGUGUAAAUGGUUCUUAAGCUCUUCCUGCACUUAAGUAACAUCAAAAUGUAAUCUUGUGUAUAGUAUAUCAAAUAAGAAUAUGAAUAUACUAGCAC